AUGGAUAACGAACGACUAUCAGAUGCAAUAAGCGAUGGGUCGUCCGUCUGCGACACCGAUCCCCAAAAUCAGCUCGAAGUCGUCUUCUACCCCGAUUCCAGUCACCGUCGCAAAUCCUCCCUCGUCGCCGCUGAUAAUUAUCAUGCAAAACCCCAGAUCGACAAAAAUGAGGAUAAAACGGCAUGUUUCGUCCAUUCCCUCAUAGCUGGGGAAUGGGUUGCCCCUUCCAGGGGAUACCCCAGUGCUGACGAGCCUGCCAUCCUCGAUGAUACUACCCUGCCCGCCGGUGAUGAGGCAAUACCUGUCGUGAAUCUGGGUUCCAAGUCCAUUGGCGGACGGGGAACUCCGACCAUUGUACAAUCUCGACACCUGACCAAGCGUCAGCUGUCCGACAUGGCUUGGAAUGUGCGCAAACUGUCGAAGAAACUGGGCAGUAUUAGGCUGAAACUCACCGUCAAGACCGUCUUUCUCGUCACAAAGGCUCACGAUGAGUCCCUCAUUAGCCUGACUCGCAAGGUCACUCAGUGGCUGCUGUCCAACCAGCGCGACACCCAGUACAUUGUCUACAUUGAGAAGCGACUUCAGACACAUCCCGACUUUGCGGCAUGGCAACUGGAGGAGGAGGAGCCGUCAGCCAAGAGGCGGCUCAAGUACUGGGAUCCAAAGUCGGCGCUGGAUAAUCCGCACCUCUUCGACUUUGUUAUCACCUUGGGCGGAGAUGGAACUGUAUUAUAUACCAGCUGGCUUUUCCAGCGCAUUGUUCCGCCCGUUCUGUCGUUCUCGCUGGGAUCCCUGGGAUUCUUGACCAAGUUUGACUUUAAUGACUAUCAAAACACGCUAGAUACGGCCUUUCGGGAUGGCGUUGUGGUCAGUCUGCGGCUACGGUUCGAGUGUACCAUAAUGCGGAGCAAUCCGCAACCCAAAGAGGCGCUCUCAGAGACCAACAAGCGGGAUCUGGUUGAGGAAUUGAUAGGCGAGGAGGUUGAGGGUAUUUUGACACAUACACCAGACAAGGUUGUUCAGAUCUUGAACGACGUGGUCCUGGACCGUGGACCAAAUCCAACCAUGUCUCAAAUCGAACUGUUUGGCGACGAUGAGCACUUCACGACAGUGCUUGCAGAUGGAAUCUGCAUCGCCACGCCUACCGGCUCGACGGCCUACAACCUGGCCGCUGGAGGAUCAUUGUCGCAUCCUGAGAACCCGGUGAUUUUGGUUACGGCCAUCUGCGCUCACACGUUGUCGUUCCGGCCAAUUAUCUUACCGGAUACCAUUGUGCUACGAAUGGGAGUGCCCUAUGAUGCGCGGACCAGUUCGUGGGCCAGUUUUGAUGGACGGGAGAGAAUCGAAUUACACCCCGGAGACUACGUGACAGUAUCUGCAUCGCGGUAUCCAUUUGCCAAUGUGCUGCCGCAGGGGAAACGCGGGGAGGAUUGGGUGCAUAGCAUUUCCAAGACGUUGAAUUGGAAUUCUCGACAAAAGCCUAAAGCGUUGCAUUGA